GUGCCGUAAUUUUCAAGUAAUUGGUUGGUUGGUGGGGAAAACAAAUCCCUUACCGAAAAGAAGCAAGUACCUGCAAGUUCUGACCUCAGCGCGUCAAAUUAAGGUUUAAUCUAAAUAAAGAUAUGUCACGGGAAGUGCCCAAAUUGAAGCUUCAUCUUUAUAAUUUUGAGGAUGGCCAGUAUGAGGACAGUAAAUAUGUCUUAACCAGUCCAAGAUCACUAGAGGCAUGUUCGAGGCUUGAUGUUAAACCAGUUGAUUUGCUUUACAAACCUCUUUCUGAAUACCAGGAAGAGCUUCUUCCACAAGAUAUUCCUUUACGAACUAUAUUUAAUAUUUAUGAUGAACAGGAACAAGCUAGACAGACCAAAUUACAAUUGUGUAGAAAAGAAAGAAGUCGUAUCAUCGAGGAUGAAAGGGAAAAUAGACGAGUAGGUCGCAGCUUGUCUUUAGAACGGCCAUCAAGUGCUAGACCAUCAAGAAGACAAAAAUGUAUAAAGAUCACUCGAUCAUAUUCUGACGAUGAUUUAAGUCAAGAAAAAUUACAGAGAAAAAGAACUGCUUGGGCAACUAGUCUUGGUCAUAAACGUUUUACCCAUAAUGAACUAGAAGAAAGAGCAAGAGAACUACAUGAAGAAAGCCAAAGAUUAAGAAAAAUAUUACUAGCCAGGAAAGAAGACAAAUCUGAUCAUCAAAGUCGCAGCAGAAGAACCAAAAAUUUUAAUAGUUCACCAAAGUCUAGAAGGUCAAGUGUAUCGAAUUUAUCUCGAACUAGUUAUAAUGAUAAAAUACCCAGUAGAUCUCAUUCAGUAUCAAGAUUAGCAUCAUCUACCACCAGUGACAUCACCAUUCCACCUCGGGAUCAAAGAAUUAUUGAAAUAAUGAAGGCUAAACGAGAAGAAGAGAUAGCGCUGAAUAAAUUACGUAGAAAGGCUGUUUUAGCGUGGGAUAAAGAUAGGAAACUUGAAAAUGAAGCUAGAAAUGAGGCAGAAAAUAGACGAAGGAAAUUAUUGACUAAUGAAAGUAAAAUUGAUGAACGUAGACGUAGGAAGAACCAAUUAAUGAGGAGAGGAAUGGAUGAAGAAGAUCAACUCUUACAAGCAGAGAAACUUAAACAAAAAAAUUUAAAAUGGAAAUCAUCUUUCUUAAAUCAGCUUCAUUCCAAGGAACAGAAAUUAGCUGAUAAAAGGAUGAGAGAUCAGUUAAAAAAGAGAGCACAGAAGAAAACUGUGGAGUUACAUCAUCUUGAUGAUAUGGCUUAUGUAAAUUCAGUUGAUAGACAACAGAAAAACACUCUAGCGAAAACACAAACACGACGAGAAAAUUUACUUCAUCAUAAUAAUAAGAAUCAUUUAAUGAACAAUAGAAAUGAACGAAGAUUACAUCAAUCCAAGAAAAAUAUCAUAGAUAAAUCAUUGGUAGACAAGUUAGAUAAAUCCAGAUUAUUAAGUGACCUUAGACAUUCACGAGCCAAAUCUAAUUAUUCACAAAUGUUGGAUAGUCAGUACAGAUCUAUGCGUUUAAUUCAUCAAGCCCGGGAAGAACGACAGGAGAAAGCUCGACAGUCAAUGAAUAAAAUGGAAGAAGAACUUGAAUCGUGGAGGAAACAAGUAGUAAAAGAUCGACAUAAGAAUGAUAAUUAUGCUGAAAAUGUUGUACACAAGUUGAAUGAAAUGAAAGCCUUACAAGCUCACAAUAAACGUCUUGCCAAAGAAAUCGAACAAAAACACAAACUCAAAAGAAUUGAAGCUAAUGAAGAAGCCUGGCGAUAUGAUACACAAAUAGAAAUGGCCGAGAAAGAGAGAAAGGUAGAAAUGUUACAGCAAGAUAAAGACUAUGCUGUUGAACAGAUGCGAGCUACAGCCAAAGCAAGCCAGAAUCUUCGUGAUUCCAUCAGAAAGAAAUAUGACACAGAUACAUUUGAUAAAAAAGUUCUUCAAGCUGAAAUUCAUGCUAAUUUAGGGAAGAGAACUCAUAACAAAGCAACUAAAAAUCGUUCUAGUGUGGAAAUAUUGUGAUCAGUGGAGACUAUGGGACAAAUGAAUAAAUGGGGACACAGAAAAUUAUGAUUUUUGUUUUAAUUCACUUCGAAACAAAUUCUGUUAUGAGUUCAACCCCAGAGUAGGGUUACUUCAGAUCUCAACUGUUGUCAACACACUCUCGCUAGUGUAGCCAUUAAUAUACAACACAUGAUCAUAGACCAUUAUCAAAAUCAGACUUUCUUUCAUAAGGUCACAUAGUAGAAAUUCUUGUAAACAAAAUUGUGAAAUGGUAUUAAAUAUGCUAGAACAGUCCAUAUCUGAGUUGUAUGUAGAACUGUGUGUGGUUUCUGUCAGAGUCUCUGGUUUCCUCCCACUACAAAAGACCCUGUGUCUGUGUACUAUUGAAAUAAAGAACUAUGAUAUGUUAGUCCCAAAAAAUAUUUUUCGCUCCUGCUAUUAAUCUGUUUAUCUCGUUCAUAUAUGAUUUAUUAUUAAAGAUGAUUAACAUUUGAUGGAAUUGUAGUAAAAAAUGUGUUUAAUGUGGAUUUCCAAGAAAUAUCCAUUUAUUUAUUUUUACAUCUCUAUGGCCGUAGUACAUAAUUGACAUAUAUGAAAAUUAACCAAUGGGUUAAAAUACAUUUUUCUCUUCAUCUACUUGUUUAUAUAUUUCAUUUUAUUUAAAAAAUCACAGGGAAUUAGAUAUUACCAUUACUGAAUAAACUAAAGAAGUGGAAAUUUUUUGUCACCUUAGAACUUGAAAGCAUGAAAUAUUUUGGUCUAACUAAACUAAAUAAUUGAUAUCACUACUAUUCAGUCAAAUAGUCUGGAGAUAUUUUGUAAUAGGUUUGUUAUUGUAUAUCAAACAUAAUAUGAUAACAAAAGAAGAACACAAACAAACUUGAAGUGUUUUCUAUUUAAACAAUAUUGUAAAUAAAACAAUAUCCGUCCUUUCCUAUUUAUAUUAUUUUGAAAUAAUAAAUAUUUUAUUUGUGUACUUGUAAGCUGUGAUAUUAUUACUAUUGUUAUAUGAAAUUUAUUA